AUGUCUUCAUUGCAAUCUUCUUCUUCAUCUUCCUCUUCGUCUGAGUCUUCCUCAUCAUCGUCAUCAACAACAACAACAACUUCAGAUCUUCCCGUUUACGGACCGCUAACUUUGAAAGAAACGAUAGCUGAGGCGGCGGAAAAUCGACGCCGGGAGCAUCAACGCCAAUUAUUAGAGCUUGAGCGUAUUGCUCGCAGAAAUAGAGUUGUGGAAAGGCGAGCUUUAAUCCGCCAAACCGCUUUAGACCUUUUGAGAGGUCAUACAGUUCAUAUUCCUAAUCCUGAUGAAGAUGAUGAAUGGUGGGAACAACAAAUGGGCCAAGAGCCAAUUGCCUAUGAAUAUGGAGAGGAUGAAUAUAAUUAUGACGAUGAGACUCUCAUCCGUGUUCCUGCCCGACGUGCUCUACCUAUUCAACAACAACAGCAACAACAGCAGCAGCAGCAACAACAACAACAGCAGCAACAACAACAACGACAUUAUGAACCCGAACUUAGUUAUAGCGAUUUGAAAUUAAAGAGGCAAGGCAAACUAACGACAAGAGAAACGUUCAGAUGGACUGAACCCUUGGUGGUUGUGCCCGAGGGGGGUCGUGAUAAAUGCUGUGUUUGCCUCGACGACGCCGUCGCUGAUAGAAUUUGCUAUGCUAUGUGUGGAGAAUUAUCGGUAUGUUCGGACUGUGCAAAUAAACUGUGUAAAACAGCUUUUAAAGAGGGAUUUUAUCCCAAAUGUCCCUAUUGUAGACUUCAAAGUCCGUAUUUUAAGUCAAGGUUAGGAGUCAUUUUUAAGGGUCAAGAAGAUUGA